GUAGUUGCACUAUUGGCAGCGCCGUGGCGCAUUAAAAUGCAGCGACAUGAAAAAUGGUUAUCAAUUGCUAAUCCGCAACGCAGCGUAAACCUCCCCUUUUGGAAGCAGUGGUGGCUAUCAUUCUUCCAACCACACACUAUAGAAUUACAUUAAGACUCUUCUCUCCCAAGGUUGCAUGAGCACAAUUCCCACAGAGCAAACCCUGCAAGGCGACAGGCCCCAGCAAGCGACAGUACAAGCGCAAAAUGAAAGGCCCGAAAGAAGAACAACCGACAUGGUACGACAGCUUCAACAGCUCGUAGUAGACAACGAGCAAAGCAUAGAUGGUAACCGGGUGGAUUUUCUUAGCAAUGUAGCACACGCAUUCGAGCGGUCUCCGCAACUGCAACAGGUGAGUUCUGUGGAUUUGCGGCGUGGCUUUGAUAUCCAGGGGUAUCUUUGGCGUGGACAAGAGGAGCACAAGAGGCUGUAUAUGGAGUACCGGCGAUCCGUGUACCCGCGAUUCCAGGGCAUCCCGCAUAACACCUUGGAUGUGCAGAGGCAUGCAAGGGCGAUGACUGGUGGCGAGUUUUUUAGGUUUCGGUUUUCGCAGCUGGGGGACGCGGUGCGCAGCCAGAUUAGCCACUUCCAGUUGCGCGACCUUAUUUGGCCAACGAGCUCCUACGAUGUGUUUUUUUGGCAUGCCAAGGGGUUGCAGAGAUGGAAUCCGUGGCAGAAAACAGUCGAGUGUGUUUUGGAGUCCCGAUGGAUGCCGCAGAGCUUCAAGAUCAGCGCACUGUGCGUUAACAACGGGGUGGCUGUGGCGGGUGACCACCGCGGGCGCCUUUGCGUGCAGUCUCUCUGGGGUGAUCGCGGCCGGUGGCCGGCAGAGAUCAACUUAGGGGCGGACAUAAUCAGCCAUAUUGCGCCGGCCAAUUCGCUUUCUCCCGCGAGCGUCCUGGUGGCGCACAAUGCCGGGGCCAUGCAUACAGUGGAUCUAGAGCAUAUGCAGGCGGCAGAUUCGAGGACGUUUCCAUGGGCGGUCAAUAGCUGUGCGCAGGCGCGCGAUGGCAGCCAUAUGCAGUGCGUUGUCGGAGACGAUACCAGCGGACAGCUGCUGGAUUCGCGCAUGUCCUCCUCUGUGGUCAGUCUGCUGGGCGGCCAUCAGGAUUAUAUAUUUGCUUGCGACUUUAGUCCUGAUUCGCGAAUUGUGGCUACGGGAUGUCAGGACUCGGCGGUGCGGAUUUUCGAUCUGCGGUGGACUGCAGCGCCGGUGGAGGUUAUGUGUGGGAAUUUGGGUGCUAUGCGGAGUGUGAGGUUUAGUGGGUGUGGUAGGUUCUUGGUUGCUGCGGAGCCUGCUGAUUAUGUGCAUGUGUGGGAGACCGCUGGGUUUGGACGGUCGCAGGUGAUUGAGGUCAUGGGUGAAGUCGCUGGUGCUGCGUUUUCGCCUGAUUCGCAGUGUCUUUUUGUCGGUGUUGCAGAUGCCCUCCAUGGCUGUGCGCUGGCUGAAUUCACAGCGCUGGAUCACCCAUUUUAGAAAAUAAAAAAGUCAUUUUAUUUGAGAAAA